CACGUAAGUAGGUAACGACACAAUCAUAAGAUAUCUGACCGAUUCGGUGACGGGGACAACAUCUCAGCCAUGGAAAUUGAUCCGCCAUUGCACGGCGAAGAGGAGGACCCGUUUCUUCAGUUCAUCGACUACGCGAAAUCAAUCUUAUCCCCUGCUGCAAAUGAAGAAGACGGAGGGGAAUCAAUGGGGCCAGGCUGGAGCUGGAUUGCUUCCAGAAUCCUCAAAACGUGCACAGCCUACUCCAGCGGCGUCACAGCUGCCAUUCUCCUGUCGGAACUAUCUCAGGCCUGGAAUGAACAGAGUAGGAGUGGUGCUCCAAAGAAACAGCCAGAGUGUAUUAGUCAGCUGAGGAAGAAACAUAAGAGGGGAAAGCUACCAAACACUGUCACAAUAGACUCUGUCUAUGAGAAAAAGUUCUUGUCAUUGAAUAGUGUUAUUGAAGCUGUUAUCAUAGACGUUGCAAUUCUUCCAGGAACAAAUAUAUACAUGCUUCACCUUGGAGAUGUUUGGAGCUCUAACACAAUUGAUUUGUAUCUUCACCGAAGGUUCUACCACUUGGCGGAUCUUAGCAAUGGUAUAUUAAAGAAGGGGCGUGAAGUGUUUCUUACAGGAUGCCGCCUUAGAACUACAAAAGGAUUUUCAAGUCGUGCACGUCUUUUGCCCACUGAAUAUCUUGUUAUAAUUUUAGACGAGGAUGAAGAUGAUGAUGCAAUAAUGCUAGGUGCACAAUUUUGUUCUGACUCGUUCUCUUCCAUUUGUCUUGAUGAAGUUAAUCAAGGGGUCGCUUAUUCACUAUAUGCAAGGAUAGAAUCCAUUGGCUCAAUGGAAGUUCAAGGCAUACAUGGCAGUUUACAGAGAAAACAAAUCACUCUUGUUGAUAAUGAUGGUGUCAGGUUGAAGUUUCUACUGUGGGGUGAGCAGGUUUUGUUUUCUAAUCUUUUUAGUGUUGGAAGUAUGCUUGCCAUGGACAGACCAUUUAUAGCCAGUUCUGCUGAAAGCAGCCUGGACUCAAAUGAAGAGUUAUGCCUUGAAUAUGGAAGUGAGACCCAGCUCUAUGUUGUCCCUCUUAUUCAGCAUAAAGAACAAGUAUGUGUAGCAUUGACACAGAAUCGUUGCCAAGGAUCAAAGCUGUUAACAGAAUCAGAUCCAGCGCAGGGACUUUCAGUUUCACAAGUGUCAUUGCCGUGUGACUCUCAAGGGUCCAUUGACUUCAGAAAUUAUCCCUUCCGGUCGUUUGUUACAGAUCUGCAUGACAAGAUGACUGGAAUCAGCCUCUAUGGAGAUGUUAAAGACAUCCGAAGUAUGGGAGAACAAACAUUCUCUUUGAAAAUUGAGGAUGCAACAGGUGCAGUUUGGGCAAGGCUACAUUUUGUAGGAUCCUGGUCAUUUGGAAGGCUUAGCUUGGGGCACACUGUAUUUAUUUCUGGCCUGAUAUGUUAUAUGAGCAAACAGAGAACCCUUGAGCUGUCAUGGUUUGAGAAUGGUCCUGGAUCUUAUUUUGUGAAUAUUAGCUGCCUACCUUCACUGCUUAAUUCAUCAUGCCUUCACAAAUUUUCCAACCUUUCUGAUCUAUCAGUCCGUGCUGCUGGUACACAUGUAUGUCGAGUAUGGUUGGAUCAAAUUGAGUAUUGUCAAGUCGGUACCAGAUUCUCACAUGCCCCUUGUGGUCAUCUUGUAAGUGAGGAGGUUUCCAAUGCAGACCUAAAAUGCAACUUUUGUCACUGCAUAUGCAAUGAUGAAGUUGUGCGACGUUUUGAACUGAGAGUAACUAUUGCUGAUGGCACUGGAAAGCUCUUGGCCUGGUGCUCUGGCCAUACUGCCACAGAGUUACUGCAGAUCACUCCCGAUGAGUUCUGCGAAUUGCCAGAGGAAGAACAAAUCAUGUAUCCUUCUUCCCUUGAGAACGAAAAGUUCACAGUGGCAUUGGUGAAGGGCCAUGAUGUUAGUACAGGCAACCACCAGCAAGAAGCUGUGUCGUGGGAAAUAACGCGUGCAGUCAAGUAUGAAUAACAUCUUUGUUUAUUGUUCCAUGGAGUGGAUAAUUAUACCUGUAGAUAUUUGCUCCUUUCGGUUCAAAUUACUACUAUUUAUAUAGUUAAACUUCUUUUUCUUUCCCUUUUUUGUUACUCAUUUGAUAAAAUAAUAUACUUAUAUUAUC